GUGAUAUUUCAGAAUGAGGAGUACUGCAGUUUUUCUGGCGUUGCUGCUCUGUCUGCACAGGGCGUGGGCUCAGGGGGAGAGUGGAGGGGAGACAGGGAACCAUAUCACUGAGACAGAGGAGGAAAACAGGAAGAAAGAGGUUCAGUUUGAGAUACAGGAUGCCAAAGCAACCCAUGAUCAGAGCAGCAGCCAGACCAACAUCAGCCCUGACAUCUGGGCUGAGCUGAAGGAGCUGAGAGACAUGGCCAUCGAACAAAUGGUGGAUCUCAGGAACAGCAAGAGCAAGAUAGAGAAGCUGGAGCAAGAGAGUACAGCCACACAGGUCAGACUGGCAGCCAGUGAAAGCAAGAAUGCAGUUUUGAAGGCCAGAAUGAGCUCCAGUGAAAACCAGGUGAAGGAACUCAAGAGAGAGAAUGCAGUACUGGAAGCCAGAAUGAGCUCCAGUGAAAAUGAGGUGGAGGAGCUCAAGAGAGAGAAUGCAGAGGCCAGAAUGAGCUCAAGUGAAAAUGAGGUGGAUGAACUCAGGAAAGAGAAUGCAGCCACACAGGUCAGACUGGCAGCCAGUGAAAGCAAGAAUGCAGUUUUAGAAGCCAGAAUGAGCUCCAUUGAAAAUGAGGUGGAUGAACUCAGGAAAGAGAAUGCAGAGCGUCCAAAGGUGGCAUUCACAGUUGGUCUUACUGAUGCGGGAACAGUUGGACCCUUCAAUACUGAUACUACACUUAAGUUCAGUAAAGUCUUCACCAAUAUCGGCCAGGCCUACAACCCAACUACAGGUAUCUUCACAGCCCCAGUCAGAGGAGCCUACUACUUCAGAUUAAAUGGGUGGGGAGUACAGACUUCAACUUAUAUCAGAUUUACACUGUAUCACAAUAACAAGCUAAUUACUAGGUGUUACGAUGCAAAUGAUACCGUUGGUUAUAUCUCUGUGUCUAAUGCAUUUGUUCUUCAACUGGAAAAGGGAGAUGUGGUCUACAUGGUUCUCAACUCAGGCUACCAUAUUUUCGAUGAUUCAUUCAAUCGUACCACUUUUAGUGGAUUUUUACUUUUUGCUGUGUGAAGUUAGCUGCAAAAAACCAGUCAAUUUCUUCAACUUUCAAAA